AUGGAACCCACCAAGGCCAGUACUCCUACGGCUGAUUGGGACAGCGAUCCGUAUUGGCGCAAUCGUCGUCUAUCCCCUGCCCAGAUACAAGUCCACGAUGUACGUCUUAAUGACAGACGUUAUGAAUCCGGCUCAAUGCUGGACAUGCACGAGGUCCUCUCGUCCUCGCUGCUGCCAGAACUGGAGAAUCGAGAUCUUUUAGCGAACAGUGUACCUCUAGACGAUGUUACCAAAAGCGAGCGCGCGCAUUUUCAGAAACUUGCUGAUGAGUUUGGAUGGAUGAACUCUUUGAGAAGCAAUAAGGUCCAGACGUCAGCUUCUGACCCGCCAGAACUACGCAAAUGCCGCUGGAUACACAUAUCCAGCAAGUAUUCAGACUAUCUCUCAGGAUGCCUCCUCGCCUUGUCAGACUGGAAUGAUGCCCCUGGGCAGAUUGUUGCAGCACUUCAUCAACUCGAGCAUUGCGUCAAUCAGCACGAACGGUUCUCAAAACAUGGAAGAUACUUUGCGCCAUUUUUCCAGCGCUUCGACAAUGAUUAUAACCACAGAAGUAAUAUUUCCAAAGGACCAAUGCUACUCAGUGUGCCCUUUCUCGAUUGGACAGUUGAGGGUGAAACACCUCCCCUCAGGUUCCAAGUGGACCCAAGAGAAGGCUACCAGUCAUCACGAAGCUCAUCACAUAUGCUCCGCUCAAUUUUGCAGCACUUCUAUCGGCUUGAGGAUACAUCGGAUCGAGAAUCUCAACAGGUCUUUACUAGACAUAAACCUUGGCUCACUGAUCGCAGUCUGGACCUUAAAGUCCGGCGAUGGUAUGGCCACUAUCCGACCAGUCUAAAUGUUGACGAAUUGUGGAUACUCGUGAUAGAUGCGCGCCACGUUGUUACAUUCUCCAGCAAUUCAAGUUGGAAGUCACGCUGGCCGCCUCUGCAACUGUCAGCGAGAAUUGCCGAGAUUUCUUUUCGUGGCAUUCGUAACGCAUACAUGAAUGUCGCUGGCGAGCAGGAUUACACAGCCGUUACACAUGUCAUCGCCGCUCUCAAUGGCGCAUUGGGCAUGUUGCACCGCAGCUUUUGGUCAGACAUAACGCUGUGUUUAUCAGACAGGUUUGCCAGCUACCUGGGCCAUCUGCAGUAUCGUCUGCAUCGAACUCCCAGCACAAAGCUAGUGAUGGACCUGCUCCAAGUACAGGAGGAACUCAAUAUUAUUAUCUCGAUAAUGGAACAACAGAUGGAGGUUGUUGGUAGUCUGCAAAGUGUUUUAGAGUCUGCAAAUAUUAGGGGUCAACGACAAAGCCCCACACGAUCAUCCAAGCACACAACGACAACAUCGAUACCUCCAGCAGAUGCCUCCACGUAUCGUCAGCUUUCCUUCUCAAAUCAUCUUUCCGAUCCAUCCGCACAGUUGCUAGACAAUCUCGAACGCGAACACGCCGACCUUGUCGACCUACGCGACAAUAGCAAUACGCUUAUUAACCGCACGAUCCAGCUUGUCAACAUUCGACUUGAAGAUCAUGGCAAAGCGAUCUUAGUCUUUACCAUUGUAACGAUCAUCUUCCUCCCAUUGUCAUUCAUCUCAUCUUUCUUCGGCAUGAAUUUCUCUGACAUCAGAGAUAUGGAAAAGACGCAACGGCUCUUUUGGCUAGUUGCUGGCUGUCUGACAGUCGCGACUGUGGGCUUCAGCCUCUUCCUUGCGUUCUACGGAGGCUCCAUCAUGGAGUGGUUCGUGACCUGGAAAGAGACUCGAAGUCGCAGACUGAAAACUAAGAGUAUGGCACACAGACCCACACUCAUCAACAGGCGGAGUGACAUGCAAAGCUUCGAGGUUUUGGAUGCGAUGCGACCGCCGCGGAACGCAGGGUUCUGA